UUAUUAGGGACUGUUUGUAAUGAGAAAGGUUUGGACUCUCUCCUUCCCUCUCCUCCCACUAAGCUCUCCAUCAAUUGCUCCAAGGCCAUUGUCAGUUUUCCGUAAAUUUGUCCUAGGUCCCUUACGGGCAGCAACUUUAUGCCAUCCCACACCCCACCCUUCCAUCGCCAGCUCAGCUGCUUAGUACCCAAGAGCGACCUGCGCGCCAGCGGCCGGCGGGCGGAGGAAAACAGCUCGGCCGCAGGCGGUGAUGGGGCCGGGUGCCUGAGGAAGAAAUUUCCGCGGAGGCCCGGAGUACUUCGGCAAGCGGCGGCGGGCGGGGGCCGUGAAUGCGGAGUCGCAGACGGUCGUUACGGCAGCGGCCUCCUCCUCCCCCUCCUCAUAAGGGGGAAGACGACGAGCCCCUCCCCUCCAUCAGUGCUCUGGACGGCCCUCGGGCUCCGUCCUGCCCGGGCCAGCGUUCUAGCGUCUCCAUGGCGACUGGACGGGGCUGGAUCCUCCGGCAGCACUGCAAGGGGCUGGUGAGGGCUGCCGAGGAGAUGCCGUGGCAGCUGCGCCUCCCGCCCGUCGACGCCGCCUGGGCCUCCCCUCCCGCGCCCAUCAACAGGGCUCCAGGGCCCUAUUUCUUCCGGAGGCCCAGUAAGGGAUCAGAUGUCAUGCUUAAUCCUAAGCCUUCAGAGCAGUCUACCAUGUGUGAAAGACAUUGUGCAAAGUCAUCCUCAAAACUUUCUAUGCACAUAGAAGGUAUGCCAUCUGAGAUCCUCCUGAAGAUAUUUUCUUACUUGGAUGCUGUUACCCUUUUGUGUAUUGGCUGUGUGAACAAGCGCUUCUAUUCUUUGGCCAAUGACAAUUUUAUUUGGUUCAGAAUCUACUCCGCUUCUUUUUCACCUAAGAGAUCAAACUGGGAAAUGAAUGCAGUAGAAAAGACAGCUGUAUCUUUGAGCCAUACAUCACUUCAUGACAAAGAAACUGGGUACUGGAAGAAAAAAUAUAUUGUGAAACAAAUAGCAGCUGGAAAAACAGCUGUAACUCAGCUUCUCAAGCCUGUAAAUCCAUACACAGGUCUGCCAGUGAAGACCAAAGAAGCCCUGAGAGUAUCUGGAUUGAGUUGGGUGAUUGUGUUGAAGGAGAAAAAUGGGAAAGAGUACAUCAUGGAGCAGGCUGAGUUUUCUGUGAAUGACACAUCUGUUACAGUUCUUUGGCAUGGAAAUAAUUGGCCACGUAUUGACAAGCUGGCAACACUAGAUUUGUGUGGAGUGACACCAGUUUUUUUGGACCGCUAUAAGGUCCCCACCAAAAAUGGACCUCGAAGGCGUUCCCUAGUUGCUGAGUACAAUCUGACUAACCUAACUAAAUCCACCUCGAUUGGCUCUGACAGACUUAUUCGGACCUUCUGCCUAAACCCAGGGCUUCUAGUUGGUCUAUGGAAGAAAGAGAAGGAAAUGGCUUUUGUUAUGGCGAAUCUUCAUUUUCAUCUACUGGUGGAGAGAAGCACUUUAGGCUCAGCUACUGUCCCUUAUAUGCUGCCGCCUCACAUUCCUUUUCUGGAUGACAUUGACCAACAAUAUGGACUACAUGGUUAUCAGCUCCAUGUUGACAUGCACAGUGGUGGAAGUUCCUACCUUUGUGGUACCUUUCGUAAUCUCUUCAGCAGGAAAGAUUUCAUUAAAAAUGGAUACAUGAAGCUCAUUGUUAUAAGUUUUAAAAACAAUGCACAGCAUUUACCUCUCAUUGGAAAAGUUGGCCUCUGUUGGAAAACAGAUGUUUUUGCUGGUUGUAUACAGAACUGUUAUUUGAUGGAUGUAACCCUUUUGGAUGAAACAGAGAAACCAUUUUGGUGUUUCAGUACCCCAGUUUGCAUGAGACCUGCUACCAGACCUUCUGACUUUUUUAAUUACAGAGGACGUCACUUUUAUGUAACCUACAUAGACUCAGUAGGAAAAGUGAACUUGGAGCUUGUAUGGAUGGAAGAGACAGAAGAGUAUUAUGUUGUUAGCCUGGCUCUUUACCUAAGAAUAGAAAAAGUAAACAGCUGGUUUGGAACAAACUACUGACCAUCAGCCUGGCAGGAAAUUAUUUUGUUUCUGAUUAGUUUUUUGUUGUUGUUGGUAUUGUAAGUUAAAAUAAACCUUGUCCCAUGAUUGCAACAGCAUGUCUAGUGCCUUUCAUGUGGAAAAAAUAUGAAGUAUGGUUAUUUUUGUGUUGUUUCUUUGGAUGAUUUAUGAGAUAUUAAAAUAUAUGAAAAUUAUCACAAUAAAAUCUUCCUGUAAAGAUUGUGAUAAAGGAAAGAUACAUAUUUCUAUUUGUUAUCAUCUGGAAUGAUGAUAUAAUGCUAUAUAAGUAAGCAUAGUUUAUCCAGUAGCAUGUAAUCACUAGUGCUAUAAAUGUAUUUUAUAAACUGGUAGGAAUUCAGAACAUCAGGAUAAUAUUUAAAUAUCAACUUCACUAAGCCCAUUAGGACUAGAAGGUGCUUUAUUUGUGGUAUUCAGCAAGUCAUAUCAGUAAAUGUAAUAAAGUAGAUAAAUGUCCUAACUCAUGGGAAGAGAGGUCUCUUAAAUCAUUGGAAAGAUUUAUUAUUAUUUAAAAGAACAAGUCAUUGUACAAGUGGCCUUAAGAAAUUGAGACUUAAACUAGUUUGAAAAAAGAUUAAUGUGGUCAAAAAAGAUUGCCUUUGUAAAAAAUUCAACAUAAAAUACCUCUUUGUGAGUGAAUUAAAAGGUGCUUUAGACCUCAAAAAUUGAAUAAAUGAAAGUAAGGUGGCAUAUAUAUGGUGACAUUUCAUGUUUUCAAGUUAAUUCUAAUUUUUUUGCAUUUAGCUAAUAUGAACAAUUUAUUCACCUUGUCUUAUUUUUACUUAUUCAAAAAAAGUACUCAAGUAA